CUUCUCAGUUAGACCCUAAGAUGUGAUUUUCAUCUUUCUCUCCACUUUCACCUUCUUCUAUUUUCCCAUUAGGUACCUUUCGUUUUUAUAAUUUCUUACCAAAAUUACCUGAAAAAAGGAGAAUUUUUCAAUUCCUACCCCUCUCUCUCUCUCUCUUUUUCUCACCAAAAAUAUAAUCAUGUCUGCUGCUAUUGCUAAAGAUUCUGCUGAGGGCUCUUCACGAUCGACUAGCAACAACGUUAACGAUCACAAUCAGCAGAAUCAGCACCCACAACAACCGCCGCCUCUGAGCCGAUAUGAGUCUCAGAAGCGGCGCGACUGGAACACUUUUGGGCAGUACUUGAAGAAUCAACGACCUCCAGUUUCACUAUCACAGUUUAACUGUAAUCAUGUGCUUGAUUUUCUUAGGUAUCUCGAUCAGUUCGGGAAGACUAAGGUUCAUCUUCAUGGGUGUGUCUUUUUUGGACAACCCGACCCGCCUGCACCCUGUACUUGUCCUCUAAGGCAGGCCUGGGGGAGCCUUGAUGCACUCAUCGGACGCCUCCGAGCUGCUUAUGAGGAGCACGGUGGUUCUCCUGAAACAAACCCCUUUGGUAAUGGAAGUAUUCGGGUUUAUUUGCGUGAAGUGAGAGAGUGCCAAGCUAAGGCUCGUGGGAUUCCUUAUAAGAAGAAAAAGAAGAAGAAGCCUCAAUUCAAGGCCAUCGACGAGGCUAGGUCUUCCAAACAAUCAGCUUAGUAGAGCUUCGGCUUCUUCAAAUAAAUGGGUUGAUGGGAAGGAUUAAGAAGGUGGAAGUGGUGUCUCUGCUUGAUUAUAUGCAUAGAGUUGGGUAGUGCUUGUUAAUAAUGAAUAGUAUUACAGCAAGGUGAUGUUAGCCCACAUAUUUAGAAAUACCAGUUUAAUUACCACCUUGUAACUAGCUACUAAGUUUCUAGUUACAUUUUAUAUACACUCUAAUAUAUAUAUAUAUAUAUAUAUAUAUAUAUAUAUAUAUAUUAAUUAGCAACCAUUGCUACAUAUGCUUAGCUUUGUAAGUACUUUGAUUAAUGUAGCAGCAAGAUAUGUUUCUCUUUCUACCCCA